GCUCCUCCUCGAGGGGGUCGCGGUGACUGAGAGAGAGCCCCCACCAACACCAACCACCAACCUCCACCCGGCUCCUCCUGCGCCCGCCCCGGCACCAAUUGUUGACAAAAGACGCUGCGAGACGGAGCGAAGCAGCCCACAGAGAGCCCGGUACUGGUGUGGCCGAGGUGAUCCGGUUGUCGGUGGUGGUCGGACCGCAGCAGGCCGGUGUGAAGUGGACCCUCCUCCUCCUCCUCUCCCUCCUCCUCCUCCUCCUCGUUAUUGGUAUUUACAGACAAAACCUGCGGUCAAGAUGGGUCACUCCGUGUGAGAGGAAGGGUUACCACAGCAGCGUUACAGGAGGAGGCGGUGGAGGUGGUGGUGGCGGCCUUGGGCAGGUCGAUUCAGCCGGGAAUGGUGUGAGCUGAGACGGGCCAGGCACUCUGGAUCUGACCGGGGACCCGUCGUUCCCCCGGAGCCUCCGCGGCUCCAAGCCGCGUCCUGAGCCCUCCAAGAUGGGGAAGUGCGACGGGAGAUGCACGCUGCUGGUGAUAUGUUCACUGCAGUUGGUGGCAGCCCUUCAGAGGCAGGUGUUUGAUUUUCUGGGCUACCAAUGGGCCCCCAUCCUGGCCAACUUCCUGCACAUUAUGGCCGUCAUCCUGGGCAUGUUUGGCACGGUGCAGUUUCGCUUCAGAUACCUUAUCUUUUAUGCAGUAUGGCUGGUCCUCUGGGUGGGGUGGAACUCGUUCAUUAUCUGUUUCUACCUGGAGGUUGGAAACCUGUCUCAGGACAGGGACUUUCUCAUGACGUUCAACACGUCCCUUCAUCGUUCGUGGUGGAUGGAGCAUGGUCCUGGUUGCCUGGUAACGCCAGUGCUAGACUUUCGCAUUGCCCCUGACGACCACCAUGUCAUCACUGUGUCCGGCUGUCUCCUUGACUACCAGUACAUAGAGGUGUUGAGUUCGGCCAUUCAGAUCCUAUUGGCUCUCUUUGGCUUCGUAUACGCCUGCUACGUGAGCAAAGUCUUCCAGGAUGACGAGGACAGCUUUGAUUUCAUCGGUGGCUUUGACUCAUACGGCUACCAGCCUCCUCAGAAGUCCUCCCAUCUGCAACUGCAGCCUCUUUACACGGCUGGUUAACUGUCGGUAGCGCCCCCCUUCAGGACAAACCCUGACGGUGUCACUGUGGACGGAAAGCGGCGGUCGCCUCGAUUACACUCACUCUGUGUGUCACAGUUUACCGGAGGAAUGGACUUACCCCCACCCAGAGGGAGAGACGUCUGUGCGUGUGUGCAUGUGUGCUUGUGUCUGAGAAAGAGAAAUACAGCCCUGAGUAGAAUGUACAGAGCUCAGGGACAAACCAGCAUGCCAGGAGGUGUGGUGAGAUGAAGGAGGAGGAGGAGGAGGAAGAGGAGAUACAAGAGUUGGGGACACCUCUCCAUCAAAUCAAGACACACUUCACUAAACUGCCAGCUCUCAACACUCCCACAACAGUGUGUGUGUAUGUGUGUGUGAUUGUGUAACUCCACAGGACUAGCUGGUGCUUUGUGGUUGCACCCUGGACUCUUACCACCCGGUGUCCCUGUGAAUUAUUAUUUUUUGGGUGGUCAUGUGUGUGUGUGUGGGGUGGGGGGGGGGGGCGGGGUAUGUGGUGGGGUCACAUAAUAAAAAGAGGCACGGCUCGU